AUGGCGUGCCCUAUGAGAUCAGUAAUGGACGACAGUAUGGCGCAAGAGGGAAACCACCUUGGCAACGAAGCUGGCAUGCUCUACGGAGAGUACCUGAUGCUAGAUAAACUGCUGUCCGCUCAAAGAAUGCUCAGCACUGAAUCAUCAAAACCAGUUCAUGAUGAACACUUGUUCAUCAUUACCCACCAAGCAUACGAGUUGUGGUUCAAGCAGAUAAUCUUUGAAGUGGACUCUGUGAGAUCGCUCCUCGACGUCGAAGGUUUAGAUGAGAGUCACACCAUGGAAAUACUGAAGAGGCUCAACAGAAUAGUCUUAAUUUUAAAGCUGUUGGUGGACCAGGUGAUGAUUUUAGAGACUAUGACUCCGCUUGACUUCAUGGACUUCCGUAAUUAUCUGCGGCCUGCCUCCGGCUUUCAAAGCUUGCAGUUUCGUCUCCUUGAAAAUAAGCUCGGUUUGAAGCAAGCUCUACGUGUCAAAUACAAUCAGUGUUACCAGUCUGUGUUCGGAGAUGAUCCUGAAGCCAUGGAAGAGUUACAGAAAUCUGAACAAGAGCCAGCACUUCUAGCACUGAUAGAGCGAUGGUUAGAGCGAACACCAGGGCUCGAUACACACGGAUUCAAUUUCUGGGGCAAGUUCCAGGCCACGGUCAACAAGAUGAUUAAAGACGACAUGGAAGCUGCUUCGCUGGAACCAAAUGAGAAAGUCCGUCUUCACCGUCUGCACGAUGCGGAAAAUCGUCGCGAGAUCUACCGCUCCAUUUUCGACCCCGCCGUUCAUGAUGCACUUCGAUCCAGGGGGGAAAGACGGUUGUCUCACAAGGCUUUGCAAGGAGCCAUCAUGAUCACUUUCUACCGAGACGAGCCGCGCUUCUCGCAGCCGCACCAGCUGUUAACCCUCCUCAUGGAUAUAGAUUCUCUUAUCACUAAGUGGCGAUACAAUCACGUAAUCAUGGUGCAGCGUAUGAUAGGCUCGCAGCAGCUUGGUACUGGUGGGUCUUCGGGCUACCAGUACCUUCGGUCUACCCUCAGUGACCGUUACAAAGUGUUCCUGGACCUCUUCAAUCUAUCUACAUUCCUGCUUCCCCGUUCUCUAAUACCUCCACUGGAUGAAGGUAUGAAGAAAAGCCUCAAUUUAGCUUGGGGUGAAAAGAAAGAAGGUGGUGAAGCCGAUCAGAAUAGUACAAACGGCCGUAACGAACUAGAAGUGUCUUUAUAG